AUGGCUCCAGCUUUGGCAGGAUGGCAUCCGGGGGAGGCCCGGAUGCAUCGAGAACUUGGCUUUGCUGAUGCCAUGCGAGACAGGUGGGCCAGCAUCGCAAGUAGCAUGAGCGACCAGCACCGAAUUUUCCACACAUCAAAUAUUCCUUUUAUUCCAAUUACAACGAUUGAUGAGCAUGGGCGGCCAUGGGGCUCUCUUCUUGCUGGCGCCAAUGGAUCCGUCGGUUUUGUUGAAAGCCCAAAUAAUACCACGUUGGUUGUAGAUGCUCGUAUAUGGGAUGGCGAUCCGAUUUUGAGAACUAUACAGGCCAUUUCAGAUAAUAUUUCAUGCCAGGCAGGCGACUCGCCAAGGUUUCUCAUUGCAGGCAUUGGUAUCGAGCAUUCCACACGGAGACGUAAUAAGUUUGCUGGGUACAUCAGAAAUGUCUGGCCGAUCAAGAGUUCAAAUGGUAUCCACAGACUAGACCUGAAGGUCAAUCAAGCCCUAGGAAAUUGUCCGAAAUAUAUCAAUGUGCGUAAACUAAUACCACAUGCCAACACUCGACCUCUUAUUGCUUGCCAAAAUUCCUAUAUGACGAUAUCCGAUAAAUUACCGGACGAAAUUAUCAAUAUUAUUACUACUGCCGAUACCGUGUUUCUUGCCUCGUACUAUCAGCCCACAGAUUUGGUGAGAGACCCAAAUGUUUCGCAUGCGGGGAUGAACAUCAGAGCCGGACUUCCAGGUUUUAUGCGUGUUGAUCCAUCUAACAACCGCACUGUCAUAAUUCCAGAUUAUUCCGGAAACCGAUUUAUGACAAGCUUAGGAAACAUCUCAUCAACGCCCAUGGCCGGGUUAACUAUAGUCGAUUUUCAUACAGGCAACGUGUUGUACCUUACAGGCAGAGCGCAGGUACUAAUUGGGCCUUCGGCUAUGAAAACCAUGCCUCGACAGACAUGUCUCACUGCGAUCGAAAUUACAGGAUACAUUUUAGUACACGACGCACUACCGAUCAGGCAAGAGCCAGGCACAAUAACAGAAAGAAGCCCUUAUAGUCCAAAGGUCAAGUAUUUGGUUUCUGAGCCAGAAGGGGCAUCUAUAGAGUCGAGAAACGGGCUCAGAGCACAACUAAGUCAAGCAAUCCAAUACGCCCAUGAUAUUGCAAUAUUCCGCUUUACGGUUUCUAGCCCUCGCCCCGGGCCAACGGGGUUAAGAGUUCUUCCAGGCCAAGCGAUUGUGCUCGACUUUAUGGAUUGGAUGGGUCCGCCAGUCUAUAGGCACAUGGCAAAUGACACGCCUGGUUCAAUAAACGAUGAUAGAGUACGAACUUGGACGGUAUCAAGUGGCCAUGAAGGCCAAGAUGUUACUUGGUUUGAUUUGACGAUGCGCGAAGUGAAGCAAGGCGCAGUGACUGGCGGUUUGUUUAAGAUACUACGUCAGAAUAGCCAUGGAAAAACAAAGGAAGCUCUGAAUCUCUUUGGAACGAAUGUUUACGCCGACAUUGUUGGUAUUACUGGUGAUUUCAACAUCAGAAACAAUGACCUUCAGAUGCUAUGGGUGGCUGGGGGAAUAGGGGUGACGCCUUUCAUGGCAAUGCUUGCGGCAAUUAGUCAAAGGGAAAAGUCUACAACGGCUAUUAUCACGCUUGCUAUUGCUACUAGAGAGCCCAAGGUCUUUCUAGACCUCAUCAAGACGUCAUUUCCCAAGGCUUUGACAAACGUCCAAAUCGAGGUUGAUGUGUUUAGUUCUCGGAGCGGAGAGAUACCAAAUGAGCCUUCGAAUUUGUCGGAUCCGGAAUGGUUAGAUGUUACUUUCCACAACUAUCGGAUACCAAAUAAUUACUGGUCUCGUGCCCGUGAUUGCGAUGAAAUUUUCAUAUGUGGCCCUGGAGAGUUUGGAGAUGUAGCACAAGAUCGGCUCAAGGAGGCGGGGAUACCGGAUGAUAGAAUUCAUAGGGAGGGCUUUUACUAA